CUUAAAGCAAGCCAGUCUGGUUUUGUGUUUCAAUGCGCGCGGAUCGCAAGCGCGUCGCGUCCAAACGUAAGCGACUGCACACAAAAUCUUUUUUCGAUUUUUCUAACAGUUCGAAUUUUAAAACGAUCUAUGGUAUCUCGAGUCGAUAGUUUUGUUUUUGUUAAAAGUGCUGGAAAAAGUAAACUUUCGCAAAGUUUGUUUAAAAAGUUUUUAUUUCUUUUUGGUAUUUUUUUUUCUGUUUGCAUUACAGUGAUUACAUUGUUAUUUAGACUUUGUGGUUUUGUUGGUGGUUGUUUUUUGUUUAUAUUUAAGUUGGCGGUUAAAAAUUAAAGUUUCAGUUUGUUUAUAUUUUGCGGUGUUAAUGUGAAGUGUUGGGAGUUUAACUUUUGUGGUUAACUAAAUAGGAUGUUUGUUAAGUGACAUUGUACGUUGAAGUUUUGGCACCAUGAAGCUUAUUUGGAAAGUUCUGUGUACUUUGCUACUGAUUAUCCAAGCUGUUACGGGGAACUGGUGGAACCUAGCCGCCCCCCGCCCCACCACGCAGGUUGGCAACACAUCGCUGGAGACGUUCACGGCGCUACACAAAGACGCCUGCCACAGAUUAGAAUAUCUAGUGGAGCGACAGAAACAGCUGUGCAUGCUCUCUGAUACUAUGAUCAAGGUUCUUCAGACAGGCGCGCAGCAGUCUGUUGAGGAGUGUCAGCACCAGUUCCGACACAGCAGGUGGAAUUGCAGUACGGUCGAGAACUCCACCGAUAUCUUUGGUGGUGUUCUUAAGUUCAAAUCUCGCGAGUCAGCAUUCGUGCACGCGCUGUCGGCGGCGGCGCUGGCGCAUGCAGUGGCCCGGGCUUGCAGCCGCGGGGAGCUCAACGAGUGCUCCUGUGACUCUCGUGUCAGGAAACGUACCCCGAGACACUGGCAGUGGGGAGGGUGCUCUGAGGACAUAAGAUACGGUGAAAUGUUCAGUAAAGACUUUUCGGAUUCCAAAGAAGAUAAAAAUACUGAUGAGGGUUUGGUCAACUUGCAUAACAACGAGGCGGGGCGUCGAGCUGUUCGCGGUCGCAUGCAGCGUGUCUGCAAGUGUCACGGCAUGUCCGGGUCGUGCUCGGUGCGGGUGUGCUGGCGCCGCCUGCCGCAGCUCCGGCUGGUCGGCGACGCGCUGUCCACGAGAUACGAGGGAGCUUCCCACGUUAAGGUCUACUAUGUGGUUGAACGCAAACGGGGCAAGAAUAUAAGGAAGUUACGACCGUUACACAUGGAUAUGAAGAAACCGAAUAAAACUGAUCUUGUUUAUUUAGAAGAUUCACCUGAUUACUGUGAACCAAACGACGAACUUGGAAUUCUCGGUACCCGUGGUCGUACAUGCAACAGAACAUCAGCUGGCCUCGACGGCUGCCGGUUGCUAUGCUGUGGACGAGGCUAUCAAACGCGAGUGAGAGAUCACGAAGAGAAAUGCCGCUGCCGCUUCGUCUGGUGUUGCAGAGUACACUGCGAAAUCUGUCGGUUUAAACGAGACCAUCACGUUUGUAAUUAAUAACAAGGAUGUCAACAAUCCAGUCGUUGCCAUGGAAACCCCUUUUUAUUUUGGAAGUAAAGACAAAACUACAAGUGAAGAAGAAUAAAUUCAAAUUACGACAGGCAUUUCAGAACCUAGAUUUGAAAGAAUAAUAAUGGUUGUACUGGUUAAUAAUUUAGUGUUUGUAACGAGAUGCAAUAUUUAUCUGUAAUAUUGUCUUUUAUAUCGAUGUCUUUAAACUUCGACGAGUGUAUUUCACUUGGGAAAUUGUCAUUGUAAACUUAUUUAUGGAUGCCAGGCCUAUUGUUGUAAGGUAAAGCUGAUAGAAGCUAUUCUUAUUAAUACGAGUUACUUGCUACUUAACGAUCAAAUAAUUUAUUCUAGAAAGUAACAAUAUCUUUGUAUUAAUUGAUUCUAUUGCUAAAGAAGCGUUUGAUACUUGUUUCAAUUUUUCUUCUCUGUUAUUUCUGCGUCUUUCCUUUAGUAAAUUUAAAAUCUAUUUCAAAAUCGAUUUGAACUACUAUCAGUUUUGUUUCUUUCUAAUUUCCUUUAUCACCUGUUAUGUUUAUUUUAUCUUUAACAAUUAAAACGUCUUCAAUUAAAAUCGCUGACUGA